UUGAUGCUCCGAUGAGGCAAGUCAUCACAGUGCGGACUGAACUGACUUGACUAUUCAACUUUGGCUCCAACAUGGCAACUGCUUCACCUCUAGCUCUGUUGCGAGACAGCAUCCGCAACAACCGACCAGUCGAGCUCAAGGACAGUAACAAUCAGGUGGUUCGCUCGGUGGCUGAUGCCAGCGUGAUUGUUUUGGGAGAUGUAGAGUUACCACGAAACACGCAGACGAAUUUCAAAAAGUCCAGUUCACAAUCUGAAUUCUACAGUCUGGACACUUUGAUCUUCCUUUUUCUCAACAGCGAGCUUGACAACUCCACUUAUAUCCGAGAAUGCAGAGACAAAUCUAUCGAAAAUGUAGCCAUCAUUGACAGAAGAAAAGCAUUAGAUUACUUGACCGGCAAAGUCGAUAGCGUAGCCAACGUUGUUGAGCCUUCAGGAGAAAAACGACCUGCUGGCGAUGUGGUGGAACAGGGAAAAGUGGAAGGCGCAAAGCGAGUCAAGAUAGCUCCAACUGCCAAAGACAGUGAUAAUGUCGAUUUUGUAAAGAGCGUACUUGCUCAAGAACGGCAAAUCAAGACCAAGAUCACAAUUUUGCGUGGCAUCAAGAAUUUUGAAAAGUUGCCUAUGACGGUGGCCAAUAUACUUAGCGGAAAGGCAGAUGCAACUAAAGCCGCUGCUUCUUCUGCGGCAAAGCCAGCUACUCAACCAAGCAAGGCUGGACAGGCGGUCGUGAAAGGCAAAUCAAAGCCAAUGGGUCGAGAAUCCAAGAUUCCUAUCAUGAUCGUUCCGGCUGCUCCCACUGCCAUGUUAACGUUGUUCAAUAUCAAACAAUUUUUAGAAGGCCAAGAGUUUGUUGACUCUCAAGUCAUGCGAGACCAAGGCAUGAAGAAGCCAGAGAGAGUGACCAUUGAACGACGAAAGGCGAAUGGACAAGUAGUGCCAUACCAUGUGGUUGAUUCAGCUGUCAACUUUCGACAAAACGAUUGGGAUCGUGUGGUCUGCGUAUUUGUUGCAGGUCAACAAUGGCAGUUUAAAGGCUGGAAAUGGGAGAAACCCCUCGAGCUUUUCAGCAAUGUCAAAGGCGUGUAUCCCAAAUGGCAGACCGACACACUCCAGGGCCCUGCUAAAGACUGGGCUGUAACUCAGAUGAAUAUUCAUCGCCAUAAGCGACACAUGGACAAGGCCGUAGUGUCUGGAUUUUGGGACAUGCUAGACAGCUACAAUGCCACUCAUCGAUCGCAUCUCAACUUUUAGAAUUUCUCUCU